AUGGCGGCGCCCCCACAACCGCCACCGACGGGGCCUGGGCCUGGGCCUGGACCGGGCCCGCCCGCAGCUCCCGCGCCGCCGCCACCUUUACCCGCCGCUCCCGGGCCGGGACCGGGACAGGCACCAGGACCCGGGCAGCCCCCGGGGCCGCCGCUCACGGCGCAGGUGGCGGCUGCGCAGGCGCAGGACUUCGACCCGGUGCAGCGGUUCCGCCUCCUCAUCCCUCAGCUGAAGGAGAGUCUGCAGACCCUGAUGAAAGUGGCGGCGCAGAACCUGGUGCAGAACUCCAGCAUCGACAACGGGCAGAAAAGCGCCGACGGGGCCCUGCAGCGCUUCGACAAGAGCCUGGAGGAGUUUUACGCCCUCUGCGACCAACUGGAGCUCUGCCUGCGCCUGGCCCACGAGUGCCUCUCGCAGAGUUUCGACAGUGCCAAGCACGCCCCCGCCCUGGUCCCAGCGGCCCCCAAAAACGAGGGGGGGGCCGGGGAGACCCUCCCGUACACCCAGUACCUCCCCCUCAUCAAAGCCCAGAUCGCCGGCGCCAAGGACAUCCACAACGCCCUGCUCGAGGGGGCCAACAAGAUCACCGGCAAGCUGCCCCCCCCCGGGGCACCCUGACUUCUUUUUGGGGGGGCCCCCACUGGGGUCAUGGACCCCCCCAAAAUCACCCAGAAGGGGGCUGAGGGCAGAUAUGGGGGUUUAGGGGGGGUUCUGGUGUCCGGUGUGGGCAUCUGAGUGUGGAUACAGAGGGCUGGUGACCCCUCCGGGGGGGGGCUGGUUUUUUUGGGGGGCCCCACUGGGGUCACAGACCCGCCCCCCCAAAUCUCCUAGGGGGGUCUGAAGGCAGAUAUGGGGGUUUGGGGGGGUCCUGGUGCCUGGUGUGGGCAUCUGAGUUUUGGGGGGGGCCCGGUGCUGGUUUUGGG